AUUUUCCUGUUUGUAUUGAUAAUGUAGAAAGGGAUUGUACAGUUCCAAAAGACCAAAACAUUAAGAAGACAUAUGAUGUUCUGCAACUCUCCACAAAGUAUAGAAGACUCCGCAUCAGAAGCUUCACACGUCAGAAGUUGACCAUUUUUGUCCCCCCCCCCCCCCAAAGAAACCUCCACGCUUACAUGCCCUCUGGAAAGUAUGACAGGAUGUAAACCAAAAAAUUAUGAAUGGCGAAUGGCUUUCUUAUGGAAAUUUGUGUUGAUUCUGUGGAAUCUGCUGUUAAUGCUGAGAGAGGAGGUGCCAGCCGAAUAGAACUCUGCUCUAGUUUGCUAGAUGGAGGUACAACGCCUAGUUUGGGCCUCCUUCAAGUGACAAAGCAGCAUGUAAGGAUACCUGUGUUUGCUAUGAUUCGACCUCGUGGAGGAGACUUUCUUUAUUCUGAUCGAGAAGUUGAAGUUAUGAAAGCAGAUAUACACCUAGCAAAGAGUCAUGGGGUCGAUGGUAUUGUGUUUGGAGCAUUGAGGGAGGAUGGCAGAAUAGAUGCAGAACUCUGUUCAGAACUCCUAGCAGUAUCUAGACCUCUUCCAGUGACUUUCCAUCGAGCAUUUGAUUUGGUACAUGAUCCCAUUAUCGCUAUAGAAACUCUAAUUUCAUUGGGUUUUGAAAGGGUUUUGACAAGUGGAUGCGACAGCACAGCACUUGAAGGUUUGCCUGUUAUCAGGAGGCUAAUUGAGCAGGCAAAAGGAAGAAUCAUAGUUAUGCCAGGUGGUGGCAUUACAGAGAGAAAUCUUCAGAGAAUUCUAGAGAGCUCUGGUGCCCAAGAGUUUCAUUGCUCUGCUCGUACAACAAAGGAGUCUGGGAUGAAGUACAGGAAUACCAAUGUCAGUCUUUGUGCUUCUGCGUCUUCAUCUGACUACUCUGUGAAGGUUGCAGAUGUAGUCAAAAUUAGAGCCCUAAAUGCCAUUGCCAAGAACAUUCUGUGAUUGGAAUAUAAAGAGCUAUGGACUCUCGGGCCAUGUGAAGCUUGCCUUUUUGGCAGGAAAUGGCAGCAGAACAAUAGAUGAAGAUGUCUAUGGAUGUUGCGGGUCGCCUGGACUCAACAGUCCAAAACUUCCCUUUUAUUGGAUUAACUUGACAAACAUUUAAAUAUGGAAACUUGUAUAUUUGCAGGGAGUUCACUUAAAAGCCAUAGUUUGUAUUUAGAAACAAAAAACUACAACUUUUCCACUGUUUUGUUUACCUUUCUUGUACUGCUUACAGGUGUGAAUAAGGCAGUAGUCCAGUAGGACUUGGAUUCCUUUUGUGAGCCCGAGAGAUGCAAUCUUACAGUCCAGCACAUUUGCCCAUGUAUUAUUUUUAUCUGAAGAGCCAUUCAUGAAGAUGUGCUUGAAGCCCUGGUGGACCUAAAAACAGGACUAGAAUUUAGAAGCUGUGAUACUGCCUUGGUGUGAAAAACAUGUAUUUUAUUUUUGUUUGUAAACUGCUCAUCUUAAAUUAGUACAUGAAAAGAAGUUAUAAAUUUUUCUGACUUGGGAUAAAGACCUCAUACUGAGA